AUGCCUUCUCAAACUUCAUACGCCCGGGCUGCCAUUGCCCUUCUCUCCGCUGCGGCCCCCUUUGCUUCCGCCCAGCUGAUUUCGGACUGCAACCCUACCGAGAACUCCACCUGCCCGCCCAAUGUUGGCCUGGACACAUACACCUUCGAGACUGAUUUCACCAAGGGCAACGAGAGCUGGGAGGGUGCUGCUUACACUUUCAUCGAGUACGGCGAUGAUGGUGCUGAGCUCACCAUCAACAAGGACACUGAUGCCCCUACCAUGCACACCGAGUUCUACACCUUCUUCGGCUACUUCGAAGUCGAGAUGAAGGCUGCUCCUGGCACUGGUAUCGUCAGUUCUAUCGUUCUGGAGUCGGACGAUCUUGAUGAGGUUGACUGGGAAAUCCUCGGUGGCAACAACACGUCCGUGCAGUCGAACUACUUCGGCAAGGGCAACACCACCAGCUACGAUCGUGGUGGUUUCCACGAUGUCGAGACUCCCGUCGAUACUUUCCACAAGUACGCCUUCGAGUGGACUAAUUCUAGCAUGAACUGGAUCAUUGACGGCACUGUGGUCCGUACUUUGAAGUAUGAGGACGCCGUGGGUGGCAAGAACUACCCCCAGACUCCCGCACGCCUUUCUCUUGGUGUCUGGUCCGCUGGAACCGAGAAAACCAACAAGUACACGGUCGAGUGGGCUGGUGGUUACACUGAUUUCACCAAGGUGCCUUUCACCAUGUACGUCAAGAGCGUCAAGAUCAUCAACUACAACCCCGCCAAGCUCUACACGUGGACCGAUACCACUGGCGACUUCACUAGCAUUGAGCUCUCUAACAAGACCGUCGCUGUCAACUCGAGCUCGGUCGAAGAUGCCGCCACCGCCACCGCCUCGGUUGACCACAGCGGCGUGGUCUCCAACGGCUCUGGUUCCUCGGCCGCCAGCAGCGUUUCUGGCUCUAGCACCCCCUUCUCGCAGAGCGGUAACUCGGCUGCUACGUCGCUCAUGGACAGCAGUGCCUGGAUGAUCACCAGCACCAUCAGCCUUGUCGGCUUUGCCGUCGGCUUCUCCCUCAUCUAA